AUGCUCGUCUUUCUGGCUGCUUUUGUCGCGCUAGCGUCUGCUAACUGUCCUCUUGGUACUGUCUAUCAUCAGGAAUUCAAUCGGUGCUAUAAAUUCGACAGCACAGCGCAGCCUUUCUAUCUAGCCGAGGAGGCUUGCAUUUCAAUCGGUGGACAUGUGGUGUCAAUCUCCAAUGGCUAUGAAAAUGCCAUGCUCUCAGAAACUGCCCAAGCGCAGAAAAUCGCAACCUUCUACACAGGAUUCAACACAUUGAGCUCGAACACGUGGAGCUGGUCUGACGGCUCUCCGGUCAACUACACCAAUUGGGCGACAGGACAGCCAGCUGAUGGAACUACUUGCGCCGUACAGAAUAGUAAAGAUGGUACUUGGACAUCGGUGUCGUGCAACAGUGCCUACGCUUACGUUUGCGCUGUGACAGCCAGUUUCCCAGCGCCAACAUGUCCUCCGUGUCCAACUCCAGCCGGUUGUCCAACAUUCCCACCCAUCGUCGGCCACUGCGAUUCCGGAUGGGCUUAUUUCGACAAGACUGACUCGUGCUACAGAUACUUCCUUUUCGCUACCUUCGACAAUGCUGAGACUGUUUGUAUGUCAGAAGGAGGGCACCUUACAUCAAUUCACAGCCAAGAGGAGAACAUAUUUGUUGCCGACAUCUCCAAAGCCGGAGUGGAAUACAAGAAAGAGGAUGAUCUGACAUGGAUCGGCCUGAAGCAGCAAAACUAUCCCACGUCAGAGGAUUGGACGUGGACCGAUGGAACACCGCUUGACUUUAAUGCUUGGGGUGCCUCUCAGCCUGCGGAUAAAAAAGGACGUGAACAUUGUGCUCAGGUGAUUACAUACUCUUAUGGCUUCCGCUGUAGCCACAGCUGA